CUGCCCUUGAUCUUCUUUCUUUGCACGGACCUUUCAACAAAGCGGAAACAAUGUCUUUCCCCGAAAGCAGGCCAUGCACUACUUUUCCACGUAGCGAAAACCUCCGCCCCCCGGAUAAACAAAUAAAUCCUGGAAGCCAAAUGCAAAAUGUGCUUGGCCAGCCAGAAAGAUCGUCCGAUCAUAGUCAGAACAGCGACUUGAACCUCCGACAAUCAAAUAAAACAGAUGGAGAUAACCACGCGACCUACAAGAGAGCAGCAGAUUCUGAUAAUGCAAGAAAUAAACGCCAUGUGACUCAGUUUUUGAAGGAAAGUUCGCCUUGGACCUCCUACAAAAGAUUCGCGGCCCUAGGCCCAUCUGAAACCACGCUCCUUGCCGUUGCAUGGAAUCCAAUUACUUCUAUCGUCGCUGUAAAAGAGCACAGAGUUUUGGAUGCCAAGUCACUUCGUGAACUCAUCCCAACGAGCCAUGUUAACAUUGUGAAGUUGAAGGAUGCAUAUUACUGGAGUGGAAGAUGCUUCUUAGGAUAUGAACGAAUGCAUAUCUCGCUGGAACAACUGUGCGCCUGCAACACAAUCGAGGAUAUACACAUUGCAACGAUUUGCCGAGAGACUCUCUCGGGGUUGCUCUAUAUCUGUAACGAGCUCAAAGCCAGUUACACGACAACACUGUAUGACAACAUCUUCUUGACUGAUACCGGUAUUGUCAAAAUAGGAAACGUUGGCCGAAGCAUGAUUUCAACCCCUAGUGCAAAACAGGAGGGUCAGAAUGAUGCCGUAGGAAAACUAAUACUGCGCAUGGCACAACCAGGGGUGACGUUUAAAAACCCUGAUGAGUACAAGCUGCGGUACCCCGAACGUUGGAGCAAAGACCUAGUUGAAUUUCAUAGAGCAACAGGGGCUGUGUCAGUGACCGAUCUUCACAAGGGUCUAUAG